CGGAGAACGAGCCGCAGCCAGGUGUGGAAAGCCUCCGAUCUUUGCAAACAGAAAAGCGCGCUGAUAAAUAGAUGAGCGGAAAGUUUGUGUUUAGUGAUUGCGCGCUGAUAUUCGUGCGCCUUCAGGGCUUUGGCUACUACAUCAUCAUCACAUGCACGGGUUGCAUACACGACCACACACGCGCGCGCACACACAACAACGCACGCACGCACUCACUGGGCCUUCACCACCCGAGUUACAACUGAAGAGCUCUCCGUCAUCCAUCAUCUAACAGCGCGAUGAUCGGCAGGCAGCGGGAAGUGCGCAGUUUUCCAAGGAUAAACAGAGAGGAUGCAGACAGAGUCUCAGUGUUUGAUGCGAUUUACGGCAACAUGAGAGAGAAGAUCGUCCUGCAGCGGCUGAUCAUGAUUUCUCGGCUCCCCCAUAACCUUGCCGAUAGGACAGAACUGGGAGCUCAUUAUGAGAAUCUCAACUUUCAGCUGAGCAAACAGUACAUACGGGAUCACAUAACAGGUCUGCUGCUAAUUUAUCCAUCCUUCCUGCUGCAUAUCAUUGAAUCAUCCAGGGAUAUUCUAACUUCUGUAUUGAGAGACCUCGAAGUUCUGCAACAGCAGCCACACCGAACCUUGCUGGAAGCUAAGAUUGCCUUUGUGGACCAUAACCCUCAAAGAAGGCUGUUCCAGCAGUGGAGCUACAAGGUGCUGGAUGCAGGUCAGGUGAUUGAGGAUCCUGUGGUUAAGAUACUUGAGGACGAAGUGAGCACAGAGACCCUGGUGUGCAGAGUCCUGUCAACACUGCAAAAUCUGAGUGAACAGCUUGAAACAUCUCAGGCUGUUCCUGGGUCAGUGCUGGAUAAGAUGCCGGAGCUGGUCGUCCAUCAGAAAAUUCUGGAAAGGCUUUUAGGUCGGGAUGAACUCCUGAGCCCACAGCAAUACCUGCAGAUGUACACCUCCACCUUAAAUGUCAGCAUCCAGAUUGGACAAUGGAGCCAGUAAACUUUCUACGUGCUGUUUAACUUCCUGGACAAAAGGUCAAAGGCCACCAUGGUGUUUUCAUCCUGGACAGCUUAAAGGACUAAAUCAGCCAUCACCAAUAGGCGGACCUCGGUCCGGCAUUUCACCAUGCUGAGGAAAAAGAUCCAUGAAUUCUCGGCAGCCCAUUGAUUGUCUG